GACAAAAAAAACCUCUGAGAUGCAGCGACGAUGAGACUGAAGCGGACGGUUGUGUUCUGUUGGGUUUGCGUUCUGAUGCCGUGUUUUAUAAACUCCGCGUCGGACCAGAUGACGAUCUGCAACGUGAAACUGAUAAACACCAGAGACAUGCCCAAGACAAUGAAAGGAAACGGCAACAUCAACAACCGCUCGCUGUCUGCCUGGAACUGGAUCCCUCACACCAGUGCCCACAGGAUCCCUGGAGUGAUGUUCGAGGCCGAGUGUCAGUCUCAUCACUGCACGCAUCCGAACGCUUACCAUCACACCGAGCUGAACUCCAUCCCCAUUUACAGCAACACGCUGGUGCUCAUGCAGGACCCGAGAAACAGGAAGUGCUUCAGCGUGAAGUUCCAGAGAGUCACCGUGGGCUGCACGUGCGUGUGGGCCAAAUCAUCGCCAUGACGAUGCCCAGUCAUCGGGUUUGACCUUCUCAAAUAAAACGAAUAAAAUAAAAUAAUAAAAAUGUAUUUUAUCAGACGAUUAUUAGAUUAUUGAGCUGAUUAUUACGUCACAAAGACUUUCGAACAGUUUGACUGGAAUAGUUUGGUGUCCCCAUACUUUUGGCCGAUGUUGUACAUUCACUGAUAUACACUAAUCAUUAACACACUGUACAGAAAAUGAUGCACAUAUAGAUGUAAGAUGAUUUUUAUCAUUUUUA